CCACCCCCGGGCGGGGAGGCCGUGAGAGGCUGCUCCGAGCUCACAGCACGCCCCCACUGAGUGUCGUCUAGACCCCGGGCGGGGCCACAGUGGGAUGGGGUGAGGCUGCCGCAGCGGGUGGCGGCUGGCGCCAGCUGCUGUAGAAGAUUGAGGUGCAGCCUGACAAGGCAGGAAGUGAGGGGAGCUCCACCUGGGGCCGCACAAAGGCCCCCAGCCUCCAGGCGCCCUGCGCCCCUGGCAUCGGCCAGCCCCGGGCCACACAGGAUGGGGCCGCUGGUGUCCUCAGUCCCUCCCGCCCUCUGGGUCCCAGGCUGCCUCGCCCUGCUCCUCUGGCUGUGGGUGCUGUGUGCUGCCUGCCACAGGAAGCGGGUGCAGAGGCAGCCGGCCGGCCUGCAGGGCAGUGUUAUGCCCACAGCCACGGUGAGUUCCAGGCUGUCCCCAGGCCGGGACGGGGCCGGCAGGAGACUGACUUGCCUCCCUUACCGCCAGCCGACGCUGACACAGCCCCACCGCGGCACCCUCGGCACCCUUGGCACCCUCAGCAGGUCCGACACCAGGCUGCACGAAGUGCACCGGGGCCCACGCCGAGCAGCCCCGCGGCCAGUCAGCAUGGAUCCCUUGGGCCCACAAUGUCUGGAAGUGUCCAGAGGCACCGUCAGGCCGCCGGCUGCCUUCUCACACCGGGAACUGCCCCAGACCGCGCCUGCUACCACCGAUGCCCAGCCCUCCGUGGGUCCGGAGGCCACCUACUCCAACGUGGGGCUGGCGGCCAUCCCCAGGGCCAGCCUGGCGGCCAGCCCCGUGGUGUGGGCAGGGGCACGGCUGACCAGCAGCUGGGCCAGACCUGGGCCUGAGGCCAGGCCAGAGCUGGCCGAGUAUGCUCGCAUCCACAAGCUCAAGGGAGCGGACCAGGGGCCCCAAGGCCUGGAGCAGGGGAGGGCCCAGGGCACCCCAGCCACGCAGGUGGACGUCCUGUACUCCAAGGUCAACAAGCCUAAAAGGAGGGACCCAGGACCUGCUGCAGACCCGCUGGACCCCAAGGGCAGGGCAGAGAUUCUGACUCCUGGGAGGAGCCUGUCCUACGAGGCCCUCCCACUCAGAGGCCUGGGCGUGGACCAGGCAGACAACGGCGUGCUAGAAAACGUGUAUGAGAGCAUCCAGGAGGUGGGGCUCUCCCGCAGGCCGGCAGCCCCCAGCUCCAGCCCGUAGAUGGGACCUGAAGGGCUCCUGCUCCCCGGCCUCAGCCGCGCAGGGGUCUAUAACCCCGCCCCCAGCGCCCAAGCACAGAUGUUCCCUCCGCCUGCGUGGGGCCGGCCCCUAUUCCCUCCCAGUCCCCGCCCCCCACACAGCUGGCAGCCUGAGGGGACCCUGGGGUCCGGGGCGCCCUGGCCUCUCCCACCAGCGUCUUAAUAAAUCCCCAGCGCGGAGAGGAUGAACGCAGUGC